UUCGAUGUAUUUGGGUAUUCCAUAUACUUAAAUGCACUUCACCUGCAAGUUAGUAAUUCAUUUAAAAACAUUAAAAAUAGUAAAAAUGCCGUUAAUAAUAUAUUAUCUUGACGCGAAAACGAUAACGAUUUUUCAAGUGGUAGAACGAAAUAUGUAUAUCAGCAGUGUUCAUUAAACCUUAAACCCGGUCACACGAUUUCUAUCGACGGAAUAUAAUUAUAACAUAAUUACACAAAUUAUACAUUCAUAGCCACGAGUAAAUCGAACUAAGAAGUGUGCACGAUCCAAAAUGCGUCUUCCCAACGUGAACGUAAAAUUGUUGCCCUUAAAGUCGCAUUUUUUCCUCUGGAGUGGCGGCACGUCGCCGAUGACACCGUACCUGACCACCAUAGCCAAACAACGGGGCUACUCUGCAAAGCUGGUGGGUGCCGUCUUCUCAGUGAUGCCCCUCGCUGCAGUGUUUGCCCGUCCCAUUUUCGGUGCCAUGGCCGAUCACUUCCGAUGCCAAAAGAUCAUGUUCCUGUGCGUUAUUCUUGUGGUUACUCUGAUAACUGCUUCCUACGAGGUUAUGCCCGACCCACCAAAGGAUGUCAAUGACGGGCGGGAUGAGACCGCGCUUGCCACUUACCAGUUCUGGUUGUUUUGCAUCUUCUUAGCUACCAGAUACGUCACGAUCAGCAUCGUCAACACUUUAUCGGAAACCAUGUGCUUGCAAAGCUUGGGUAAAGACACGCACAAGUUUGGAGAACAACGAUUGUGGGGCUGUAUCGGUUGGGGUUCGGUUUCCAUAAUGACGGGUUGGUUGAUCGACUGGUACAGUGGUGGAAGUCAGAUAAAAAACUACACUCCCGGAAUCAUCGUGUCUAUAGUUUUCUUGUUGGCAGACUUCCUGGUUGCUUUUAAAAUAGAAGAUUGUCAAAGUGAUGUCGUAUCAAAACAUAUUUUCAAAGAUCUCAAAAAAGUGCUUAAUGAUAUUAGAGUAGUAAGUUUCCUUAUUUGGGUAGUUUUUUUUGGAAUUUUUUAUGGAAGUAUUUCUCUAUAUUUGUUAUGGCAUAUGGAAGAACUGGUCACUAGGUAUCACCCGGAAAAAUAUCCUUCGAUAAAAACAAUUGAAGGAACACUGUUUGCUAUAAAAUGUUUUGGAGGUGAAGCGCCAUUUUUCUUUUUAUCUGGUAAAAUCAUUAAUAAAGUAGGUCACCUGAAAUCGAUAAUAAUUGGUCUUGCUACUCUAUCAUUUAGAUUUUUCCUAUAUUAUAUUAUUGAAGAUCCAGUGUGGGUGUUGCCUGUAGAGUUGUUGAGUGGUCUAGGUUAUGCAUUACCAUAUUCGGCUAUGACAGCUUAUGCAAGCAUUUUAGCACCAGAAGGACUCAAAAGUACUGUUCAGGGGUUGUUUAGUACGGUCUUCCAAGGAAUAGGAGUGGGUCUUGGAAGUCUUAUAACGGGUUACCUCUUCAACGAAAUAGGAAGCAGCGAGACUUAUCUCGUUAUGAGCAUAUUGGCAUUAGUUGUUUGUUGUGCACAGACUAUUACGAUCAAGAUUAUGGCUAGAACUACAAAAUCCCAAGAAAAUGGUGACGUCAAUACCGCAUCCUAAAGUGAAACUACAAGAGGACGUCAUACGCACAUGUAUCCUCACUUUGACUCUGUUAUAUACUAACACAAAAUAUAGCAAAUUUUACGUUUAGAAUGAUCUAUUUUACUCUGUUAUAUGUAAUAUUAGGAAAAAUUUACUUAUAGAUAAAUAUAUUAUUUAUAGAUAAAAUGUAUAUUAUUUAGAGCUUCAUGAAGAUUUUUUUUUGGUAUUUGAAUUUUCAAGCAAGUUGUGAGCAAUUAAAUAAGUACAAAAAAAUUAUGGCUAAUCUUCUUACUUUUAAGUUUGUUAAUAGAUCGACUCACUUGAUUUUUCACAAUAUUAAAAUAUUCAAGUAAAAUGGAUUAUUCGCUAAACGUGCAAUUGGCCAUGUUAUAAGUUAGUAAGACGGAAAUGCGAAGACAACACACCUCUUAAUACAUUUAAGUAAUUGUAA